AUGCGAUUUUUAAUUUUUGCGCUAUUGCUGGGUUUCGGAAUCCUGUAUACAUACGAGGGUAUUACCUACAUAGACCUCUGCCCCGCAGCCUCCUCCUUGCCCCUGUUAUUGGGAAUUGAAGGGGGUUCCCUGCUGUUUUACUUGUUUCUUUACCUUGUUCUGUUACCAGCGACUGAAAAUCGGCGUCCAGUGAGACAAAGCGAGGAAGACAUUCUUAGCAAACAGUUCAAUUAUUUGAUUCGUGUUGUCCUUUUAUUCGUCUAUAUUACUUAUCUAUAUGUAAUAUGGAUAAUUGGCUGUGUUCAGAUUUUUGAAAUAUCUUCCGAUUCAGUAAACAAGUCGAGGGAAAUCGGAAGCAAGGCUAAAAAUGAGUCGUGGUACUGUGACACAAACUUUUAUGACGUCAUAUACUACAGCAAUAUAUGUCAAUCAGUUGUACAGUCUCUGAUAGGACUACUAGUCAUAAUAUUCUGGAUGUCGAACCCAUCCGAAAAGCAAAGGUUCAUGAGAAUGAAAUGGAAAGCGUGGUUUCGGAUGUUAGAUCAUGAUAAGGAUGGGAUAAUCAGUCAAGCCGAUAUGAACAAUACUAAUGAAAAACUGGAGUCCAUUCGCAUAUACCUCAGGCAGAGAAAUGUACCAUUGGAUCCAAAGAAAUCUAAAACUUGGUGGCAAACGCAUAUUUUUCGAAGAGGGACGAAUUCUAUAACCUUUGAUCAAUUCUGCAAUACCCACAAUAAUUUUACUGUCCAAUAUACUGAAUCUCAAGAGUUUCAGUCAGCUGUACUCCGUUGUGUAACGGAGUUUUUUGAUUUUUUCUCUACGCAUGAGCAAGGUCGAAAUCAUAUUUUAACUGAUGAAAACUUUGUGCGCUUUUGGAACAUGUUAGCUGGUAUUGAUGAAAAACAUGCUCGAGAACAUUUAAUGGAAUUUCCUGCAUUACUCUCAACUGGUGAUCUUAUGUUAGCAUGGAUGGGAUUUUUACAAAAUACGAAUCGUUUUGCUUAUAAAUAUUACGAGUCUCAAGCCGUUUAUCAUAUUUUAAAAUAAAAACAAUUCGAAAGAAUCUUUUGAUGGAGAUUGUGAUUGAUUUGAAAAGGGAGGGAAACUUCACAGAUUAACGGGCAUUCACAAGAACAGAAAAAAACGAAUUUGACCUUAAACUGCAAUUUUUGUAAUCUAAAUGAUAAUUAUACUAGUAGCCAUUGUUAUUAAUACACUGUUAAUAAAUUUAUAGGUGCGAAUAAGAAAGGAGUACUACACAUCUUUCGAAUGUUUGUCAUACAUACUUCUUGUUUUACAAAGUGCCUCAAUUUUACAAAACAUGCAUCAAGUAUAAAAUAAUUGUGAAAGAUUAACAUGCAAGUGUAUAAUUAUGCUUGUCGAAUUUUUG